ACCCAUUUUCCUUUACCAAAUUUGUCGUUGCAUUUGAUAUUUCAGAAGCUAGAAACAGAGCAGUAACAUAACCAUAGACACAAACUUCCAUGGCGACUGCUUCUUCUUUGCUUCUCCUUCUUUUUCUUCUCUUUUCCUCCUUCGUUUUCCCCUUCAUAUCUCCAUCCACAAUUACCAUACCUCUCUCUCCCACAAUCACCAAACGCCCAUCUUCUGAUCCAUGGGAGUACCUCAAUCACUUAGCUACAACAUCCAUCUCCAGAGCUCACCAUCUCAAGUCACCAAAGACCAACUUUUCUCUAAUCAAAACUCCUCUCUUUUCUCGCAGCUAUGGUGGCUACUCGAUGUCUUUGAGCUUGGGAACUCCAUCUCAAACUGUCAAGCUCAUCAUGGACACUGGUAGCAGUCUUGUAUGGUUCCCUUGUACCUCUCGUUAUGUUUGUGCUAGCUGUAACUUCCCAAACACUGACAUAACCAAAAUCCCAAAGUUUAUGCCAAGAUUAUCAUCUUCCUCGAAGCUUAUUGGCUGCAAGAACCCGAAAUGCGCAUGGGUUUUUGGAUCCAGCGUACAGUCUAAAUGUCAUAACUGCAACCCUCAAGCUCAAAACUGUACACAGGCUUGUCCUCCGUAUAUAAUUCAGUACGGUUUGGGUUCUACAGCGGGUCUUUUGCUAUCAGAAACUAUAAAUUUUCCUAAUAAAACUAUAUCCGACUUUCUAGCCGGGUGCUCACUCCUUUCCACACGUCAACCUGAAGGAAUUGCAGGGUUUGGUCGCAGUCAAGAGUCUCUGCCUUUACAAUUAGGUCUCAAGAAAUUCUCUUAUUGUUUAGUCUCUCGUCGUUUUGAUGACAGUCCCGUAAGCAGUGACCUUAUCUUGGAUAUGGGUCCGAGUACCAGCGAUUCCAAAACAACAGGGCUCAGUUACACACCGUUUCAAAAGAAUCUGGCUAGUCAGUCAAACCCAGCAUUUCAAGAAUAUUACUAUGUGAUGCUGAGAAAAAUCAUUGUAGGUAAAACACAUGUUAAAGUUCCGUACAGUUUCUUGGUGCCGGGAUCUGAUGGUAAUGGUGGGACUAUUGUAGAUUCAGGUUCAACUUUUACGUUCGUGGAAGGGCAUGUUUUUGAAUUGCUAGCUAAAGAAUUUGAAAAGCAAAUGGCUAACUACACAGUAGCUACCAAUGUGCAAAAACUGACCGGUUUAAGGCCUUGUUUCGAUAUUUCGGGGGAGAAAUCGGUGGUUAUACCUGACUUGACCUUUCAGUUCAAAGGUGGUGCUAAGAUGCAAUUGCCAUUGUCAAAUUACUUUGCAUUUGUUGAUAUGGGUGUUGUCUGUUUAACAAUUGUGAGUGAUAAUGCGGCUGCUCUGGGCGGCGACGGCGGUGUUCGCAGCAGCGGUCCGGCUAUUAUCUUGGGGAAUUUCCAACAGCAGAACUUUUAUAUAGAAUAUGAUUUAGAGAAUGACAGAUUUGGAUUUAAAGAGCAAAGUUGUGCAUGAGCUGUUUUUUUGUCUAGUUCCUACACUGAAUAAGUCAAAAUACAACGCUGCUUUCACAAGACAAUAACAGAGAUGACGAAGAAAUGGCGGUGGCGAUGGCAAUUGCGAUUGCGGUGGCAAGUGUAAGAAAAUUUGGCUGUGGUUGUUGGUUGCUGCGGCGGCAAGAGUGGGAAAUUUCAUAGCAUAUGGUUAAGGUGAUCAUUAUUGGAAAUUCGACAUAUUAAUUGUAAUUUGUAAACAAAUUAAAGAAUCUCAUUAUAAAUUAUCAUUUUAAUGAAA